AUGCCAUCCUCCUCUGCCCUGCGCAGGAAAGUCGGACAGCUCUUUGCUGUCGGCUUUCACGGUCUCACGCCCAGUUCGGAGAUCAAGACUCUGAUCCGCGAAUACGGACUUGGCGCCGUCAUCCUGUUCAAGCGGAAUAUUCGCGAUGCAGCACAGCUUCGGGCAUUGACCCUCGCCCUCCAGCAAGAAGCCAAAGACGCCGGCCACGAACACCCGCUCUUCAUCGCCAUUGACCAGGAGAAUGGACUCGUGACGAGGAUUUCACCGCCCCUUGCUGCACAGCAGCCGGGGCCCAUGACGCUGGGGGCGACGGGAUCAACAGACAGUGCUUAUGCGGUCGGAAAGGCAACCGGGGAGACUCUCGAUUUCUUCGGCAUCAAUAUGAACUAUGCCCCUGACUGUGAUAUCAAUUCGGAACCUCUGAACCCGGUCAUCGGUGUGCGGAGUCCCGGAGACGAUCCCGAGUUUGUUGGUCGCUUCACGAGCGCCAUCGCCAAGGGCCUCAGAGACAGCCACAUUGUCCCCAGUGUAAAGCACUUCCCUGGCCAUGGUGACACAGCGGUCGACUCCCAUUACGGGCUGCCUGUUAUCUCCAAGUCCCGGGAUGAGCUGGAGAGGUGCGAGCUGGUGCCGUUCCGUCGGGCUGUCGCGGAGGGUAUCGAGUCAGUGAUGACGGCUCACAUCGCCUUGCCUGGGAUUGGGGAUGGAAAGCUGCCUGCCACGCUGUCGCCGGAUGCGUUGAACAUCCUGCGUGUGGACAUGAAGUAUGACGGGAUGGUCAUCACCGACUGUCUGGAGAUGGACGGCAUUCGUGCCACGUACGGGACCGUGGAGGGAGCAGUGAUGUCUCUGAAAGCAGGGAGCGACAGCAUCAUGGUCUGCCACAAGUACGAGGUGCAGGUGGCAGCGAUAGACAGGGUCUGUCAGGCGGUAGAAUCGGGAGAGAUCUCGCUGGAGCGGAUUGACGAGGCUCUACGCCGCGUGACGGCCCUGAAGAAGAAGGUUCUCAGCUGGGAACGCGCCCUGCAUCUCAAAGCGGAAGAGGACCUAAUCAAGCUGAACGAGAAGAACGCGAAACUGGCACAGGAUAUCUACGCUCGAUCGACGACUGUCGUACGAAAUAAACCCGGCGUUUUGCCUUUGUCUGCAACGUCGAGGAUCGUGUUCCUUUCUCCAGGAGGAAUGAUCCCUGCAGGCGGUGCGGUCGACAGCGGACUGAUCGAGCAGAAGUGCCCUCUUCCAUACAAACCUGUCCGGUUUAUUGAUGUCCUCCGUGCUCACAAUGAGUCUGCGAUCGAACUUCGCUAUCAUGAUGGCGGUCUGUCAGCGGACCAGUGGCAGGUAGUCGAUGACGCGGAGGCGGUGAUUUUGGCCACGCGAAAUGCGCGCGAGGCACCGUACCAGAGGAACCUGGGCCUGGAGCUGGCAAGGAGAAAGAAGAAGCACGUUGUUAUUGCGACGUGCAAUCCUUAUGACUUUCUGGACGACACAGAGGUCGAGACGUAUAUUGCCAUCUACGAGCCGACGGUCGAGGCGUUCACGUCGGCGAUAAAUGUGAUUUUCGGCACGGCCUCAGCGAGCGGAGAGCUUCCUGUGGGAGCAAAAGUGUCGAAGAAGAAUGCGAGUGUGAACGUGAGGCCUUACGACUCGACGAAUGACCUAGAAGGAGUGGUCAAAGUGUGGAACUCGGCUCUGCCGAACUACUCCUUGCCGGCAUCGAGGCUGAAGGUCUUGCUGGAAGCGCCUAAUGGACAUCACUUGGUCGCACGGGCAGAGAGCGAGAUUGUGGGCUUCUGCCUGGCACACACGUCCGUGAACCAGGGGAAGAUCUUUGCCCAUAUUGCCGUUCUGGCCGUGGACCCAGCGAGACAGGGUCAAGGGAUCGGAACGUCCCUGCUGAGGGAGGCGCGGGGGUACUUCCGGCAGCAUCAAGGGCUUGUCAGAGCGUCUCUGGGGAGUUAUUUCCCCCGUUUCUGGCCAGGUCUGCCGACUGAUCUGCCUGAUCGUGUAUUGGAAUUCUUUGUCCACCGUGGAUUCCGACUGAGUCCGCCGGAUGUGACCUCUGCAGAUCUGUAUCAGGAUAUUCGCAACUUUCAAGCUCCUCAAGUGUAUCUCGAUCGUGCUGCGGCGAAGGGAUACGCGUUUCGAGCUGUCCAGCCAGAAGACUAUGAGGGAUGCCUGAUCGGGCAGAAGAGGAAUUUCUUUACAUAUACAGGCUGGGUCGAAGCAUACAUCGCUCUCAACCCCCGAGAGCACCCAUCAAGCAUCAUGGCCGCUUUCGACGCCGCCGGCAACCAGGUAGCCUGGACACUGAUGCUGUCGCACGAGUCUUCUUUCCUGCACGCGUACUGGGCAUGGCCGGCGCUAUGCGGUCCGAAGACGGGCCUGAUCGGGUGUGUGGGCGUAGACGCCGCGCACCGACAGAAGGGGAUCGGACUGGCGCUGCUGUGCCAUGCGAUCGAGGACCUGAAGAAGAGGGGGGUCGAGGGGGUUUUUGUCGACUGGACGACUAAGGUCGAUUGGUAUGCGAAAGUAGGGUUUCAGGUGUGGAAAACGUAUCGGAGUGGGGAGAUUUGA